AUGGCCCUUUCCGCCCCCAGCACCGACCCCCAAGCCCUAAUGACCCAAGAAACAAGCCCAGAACAAACCUUCACCGAAUUCACCUCGGAAACAGCCUGGUCUCUCGGCAACGCCCUGCGCACCCGCAUCCUCUCCCUGCCAUCCAACCAGCGCAAACCCGCCCUAAUCUCCAUCGCGCUAACCGGUGGCGCACCCUUGCACAUCGUCUUCCAAGCCGCCACAGAACGCGGCACAAUCCCCGACAACGAGAACUGGGUGCGGCGCAAACGGAAUACUGUUUUGCGCUGGGGCUUGUCUAGCUGGGCGAUGCGCCAGAAGAUGGUUAGCGGACUAGGCGCUGGUGCGUCGGCGGACCAGAUUGAGGCGGCGUUUGUGAAGAAGUAUGCUGUUGCUAGUGCGAAUGGGGGCGCUGUGGCGGAUGAGUAUGCUAUUCAUGGGGGUGGGUAUCCGGUUAGAGUUAGGGGGGUUGACGGGGUUGUUGGGGUUGUUGUUGUUAGUGGGUUGAAGCAGGAGGAUGAUCAUCAGGUUGUUGCGGAGACUAUUAGGGAGUUUGUUGCGGGGCAGAAGAAUUAG